AUGCAGGCCGGUGGAGCACGUGGACCCUCACCGUCUACAUGGGAGCCCGGCGGGGAAACGGGGCGCACGCGAGGCAAGCGCCCCCCGCCCCCCCAGUCCCCCAGUCCCCCGCCUCCCGGCCGCAGGCUGCACCUCGGCGCGCGGGAGCGGCCGCGAGGGGUCCCCCUCCGGGCGGGGGCGGCGGGGCGCGCGGGCGCGGGGGGCGCGCGGUGGCUCCGCGCGGGGGUGCGCGCGCGCGCCGGCCUCGCCCGCCUCGCCCGCCUCGCCCGCCUCGGCUCCCUCGCCCGCUCCGCCGGCUACGUGCUUUCUUUGUCAAUGAGGCGCCGCUCGGAGCUGCAGCAGCGUGGGCAGCUCGGCCGGCUCCCGCCGCGGCUCCAUGCGGCCCCGGGCCCUGCGCGGGUGAAGCGGCGGCUCCGCGGAGCCCGCCCGGGCGCGGCAGGACGAGCGAGCCGGUCCCGGGGCCUCGGCCGGAGAUGCCCGGUGCGGACCGGGGCGCCGGAGGCCGGGCUCCCGGGCGCGCUGCGGAGCGGGGCGGCGGCCUGGAUGUCGGCGGGCGGCGCGGGCGUGAGGGGCUCGGGGCGGCCGCUGCUGGGGCUCCUGCUGCUGGCGGCGCUCGCCGGGCGCUGCCUGGCCGACCCGGGAACAGACAACCUCCAGAUAACAGCCAGCCCGACCCCGGCGUCAUCUCCUCAUGGGAAGGUGUUCCCGAUUUCACCAACAUGGCCUUUCUCAGAAGUCCAGUCUUCCUCAGCAGUGGCCAGAGUCCAGAGUGUGCUGGGACCGUCCCCUGACAACACCAGCGCGCUGCAGUUCCCCCGAACACCUCCGCCCAAGACGCACCGCAGAGCUAGGGCUCACGGGGACUUCUCUGCUUCCCCUUUCCAAGGAAGUGGCCACAGUGCCCCUCUGGAGCCUUCCAAGGAUUCCAGCGAGUCUGUGGUCCACCCGAGACCUCAAGGGGGAAAAGACGCAGCCUCCGAGUCAGGUUUGCCUCACAUCAGCAUGCUCCCCACCUUGUCCUCGACCCCAUCUCAGCCAGUGUGGGUAGGGACUCCUUCCAUUUCAGCCCGGCAUUCCCCAAGAUCAGACAUUCUCCCGUUUCUCCCUCCACGUUCAUCCUCUUCAUUGGCUCCUGACUCACCUCAUUCCAUCAUCUUUUCUAAACCAGCCGAACAACCCACCCAAGUGCCCGUAUUCGCACACACAGCUCCAGCCAGCUCCUCUUCAGGUCAGGGUGUAGCUAAUUCCCCAAACCCGUUUGCUGGGGGCAUAAACCAGGCUCUGGCCAAAAAUGCCCAGGAUUUGAUAGGCACCCCUCAUCUCGGUUUUUCUGGACCCUCAACAGUGCAGCAGCCCAAGCUGCCCCCCACUGAGGGUCCUCACUCAGCAGGCUCCCCCACACCCGAGUUUCUGGGCUCUGCCCACAUGCCUCCCACUCCCCUGGCACCUGGAAGUCUUCCUCGGCUUCCAGAUGGAACUCCCUCACGGUUGGUGCUGGAAGUGUCUUCAAGGCCUACACCUCCCUGGCCAGUGGAAGCUGGGGUGGCUGAGGGAGCGCACAGUGGGGUGUCUUUGGCGGCAUCUGAGAGUGAAGCAGCAGCAGCAGCAGCAGCAGCAGCAGCAGCAGCAGCUGUGACCCAAGAGGCCGUGUCUUCACUUUUCCAGACUGCAGGAUCAGUGGCUGUGGAAACGACCAGCAGAAAGAUAGCCCCUGCUACUGCAAACGACCCCGCUCACCCACUACAUUUGUCAGCAGCUCCAGAGAAUUCCAAAGGGCCCCUCCUUUUGGGGGAUCACAGGUCUCCCUUGUUGGUGCCUUCUCCUCUGCCUCUCCCCACAGCCGCCAGCGGAGGGCAAGCCCUCCUUUCCGGGGCAUCAGUCAGCACAGCGGCCAACUUUCCCUUGGCGCCCACUUUCCUCCAGCCAGUGCAGAAUCCUGCCUCCCCCUCCACUGUGCCCCAGAGGCCAGCUCCCCAAGAUGAGGGCAGCGAGCGAUCCCCUCCUGCGGCAGCUACAGACUUGCCCCGCUCAAGCAAAUCUCCCAAUCUUCUUCCUAUGACUCGGGCACUUUCCCUGCGGGAAGGAGAUAGCGUGACAGCUGUUUUAGAGAAAAACGAAAAGGCAAAUUGGACAGCUGCUCUCCAGCCCCUUCCAAGUAGAGAGUUUCCAAGUCCUCACACUGUGAAUGGAUUCACCUCUGAUUCUAGCACAGAUCACAUUCCAUCUUUUUUCACUGCAACGGCGAGAACAAGCCUCCUUCCUUCAGAAUUAGCUCUCCCUUCCAUGCUCUCCAUGCAAAGCACCCAGACUAUGUCCCCAUCCCCUAGUGUGUCCAGCAUCAAGCCAGAGACCCAUGCAUCUGUAGUAGAUCACUCCGAGUUGCCAGCUUCAACUUCCCAACAGGUGAUAGCAUUUCCCUCCUCCACUGAAGUCUAUGAUUUCUCCGCAGUGAGACAUGUGAAAAUGCCAGCAACCACAGAUGUUUUCUGGAGUUCUCUUUCCACAGAAACUGGAUCGCUCUACACAGAGCCAGUGAUAUCUGGCUUGCCGCAGCAAACAAAUUAUGAUUUAAAUGGGCACGCCAUUAACUCCACCAGUUGGGAAACUCAUUCAGCUUCAACUACUCCUCCCAGUGGUUCAACAUCAGCUGCCAGUACAAUAAACUCUUCAGAUCUCAGAGCUACUGCUGGGCAUUCAGUGACUGCAGGAGGCUUUACCAUCCAGCAUCCAGUCCUUGGUACAAGCACCAGCCAGCCCAUUCAACAGUCAGAGGUUACCAUGGUUGGAAACCACACAGCCCUCGUGUCCAUAACCAAUAAUUAUUCCAGAGACUUCCAAGCAGCGGAGGUUGAAGAGUACGCACCCACUAGCCAACAGGCUACGUCUCAUCCCCGUCCACAGCUGCCUAUGCAUCCAACACGUGCUCUUUUGCCAGCCUCUCCAAGCCUAACUUUUACAGCCAAAUUGCAGCAAGUGCUUUCAGUUGGAAUGGACACGAGUCUCUCAAUUUCCAGUGAUGUCGAUCCGUCUCCUGUGACAAGUGCUUCUCCAGCAUCCCAGAGUGUCUUGAGAUACAACUCUACUGCCGAAUCUCCUCCUCUGUCAACCAGGGUCAUAUUCAGGACCCCAUCCAAAGUUCUGCUGGCUUCUCAGCACCCUGAGAAAUGGACAGGUGCAACCACUCAUGCAGCAGACCCCUCCGUGUCAUCCAAGGUGGAGCCAACAGCAGCAGCGGUGGCCACGUCAUUACUGGGGAAAUCAAGUCCGCUGGCGCUGUCUGCAGCCCUGGUUGCCAAGGGCCCUGGCCCUGGCAGCAGCCCUUCAGCCAUGGCCUCAGGAUCAGUCAAGAGCAGCUGGACCACUGCUCUAGCUAAAAACGUCACAAACAACACAGCACUUGGCCCAAAGACGACGCCAGGGGCAGUGCAUCCGGCCUUCUCAUUCACGCCAACCUACAUGUUUUCAAGAGCGGCACACACCGUGAGCGCUCAUACAGCCAUGCAAGGGAACACAGGCACCGCCUCCGGCCUGUUGUCCACUACACACCUCCCCAGGAAACCACAAGCCAUGCACACGGGCCUCCCGAACCCCACCAACCCAGACACGCCCAGAGCAUCCACCACACGCCCGCUGACUAUCACAGCAGCCUUGACAUCCAUCACAGCACCCGUGAGGGCCACCCGGUUGCCACCUGUGCCAGCGGAAAAUACAGACACUGCCCUUCCCGCUGCGUCGACCGCUGUGGUCACAACCGGCAAAAUGGCAUCCAACCUGGAGUGUCAGAUGUCCAGCAGGCUCCUGGUGAAGACAGUUCUCUUUCUGACCCCAAGGAGAGGGCAGAGCAGUGAAACCUUGAAAUUCAACAUUGCCAAAGGGCUCACGCAGGCAUUACGGAAGGCUUUCCACCAGAACGACAUCUCGGCUCACGUGGACAUUCUGGAACAUUCUCAUAAUGUCACCGUUGGUUAUUAUGCUACCAAAGGGCGGCUGGUGUACUUGCCUGCUGUCGUGGUCGAGAUGCUGGGUGUUUAUGGGAUCAGCAAUGUCACUGCGGAUCUGAAGCAACACACCCCAAACUUACAGUCAGUGGCGGUACUUGCCUCCCCGUGGAAUCCCCAGCCUGCAGGCUGCUUCCAGCUGAGAACAGUGCUACAGUUUGUGAGCCAAUCUGACAACAUCCAGUCCUGCAAGUUCGCUCAGACGAUGGAACAGAGGCUGCAGAAGGCCUUCCAGGAUGUUGAGAAGAAAGUCCUAAAUACCAAAAGCAACCUGACCAUUCAGAUGGUGAGCACAUCCAACGCCUCGCAGACAGUCACCUUGGUGUACGUGGUGGCCAAUCGAAGCUCCUUCCUCAACGGCACGGUCGCCAGCAGCCUCCUCCGCCAGCUCUCGGCCGAGCUGGUCGGGUUCUACCUCACUUACCCGCCGCUCACCAUUGCUGAACCGCUGGAAUAUCCCAACCUUGAUAUAUCAGAAACAACCAGAGACUAUUGGGUAAUUACAGUGCUACAGGGCGUGGACAACUCGCUGGUGGGCCUGCACAAUCAGAGCUUCGCCCGGGUCAUGGAGCAGCGCCUGGCACAGCUGUUCAUGAUGUCUCAGCAGCAAGGCCGGCGGUUUAAACGGGCCACCACCCUGGGGAGCUACACCGUGCAGAUGGUAAAGAUGCAGCGGGUGCCGGGACCCAAGGACCCAGCGGAGCUGACUUACUAUACCCUGUACAAUGGGAAGCCUUUGCUGGGGACUGCAGCUGCCAAGAUCCUGAGCACCAUUGACUCCCAGAGGAUGGCCUUGACUCUGCAUCAUGUGGUCCUUCUGCAAGCUGACCCUGUGGUAAAGAAUCCACCCAACAACCUGUGGAUCAUUGCUGCGGUGCUGGCGCCCAUUGCUGUGGUCACCGUCAUCAUCAUCAUCAUCACUGCUGUGCUCUGCCGGAAGAACAAGAACGACUUCAAGCCAGACACCAUGAUGAACCUGCCUCAGAGAGCAAAGCCCGUGCAAGGCUUUGAUUAUGCCAAGCAGCACCUGGGCCAGCAAGGCGCCGAUGAGGAGGUCGUCCCUGUGACUCAGGAAACGGUGGUCCUCCCGCUUCCCGUCAGAGAUGCUCCUGCCUCUCAGGAAAGAGACAUCACCCAGGAUGGAAGCACCAUCAAGACGGCCAAGUCCACUGAAACCCGAAAGAGCAGGUCGCCCAGUGAGAAUGGCUCUGUCAUCAGCAACGAAUCAGGGAAGCCCAGCUCGGGGAGGCGCUCGCCCCAGAAUGUCAUGGCACAGCAGAAAGUGACAAAGGAGGAGGCACGGAAGAGAAAUGUGCCAGCGAGUGAUGAAGAGGAAGGAGCGGUGCUUUUUGACAACUCUGGCAAGGCGGCUGCCGAUCCCUUUGACACAUCUUCCGGCUCUGUGCAGCUCAUUGCAAUAAAACCCACAGCCCUCCCUGUGGUCCAUCCCACGUCGGACAGGAGCCAGGAGUCAGCAGCCCUCAAUGGCGAGGUAAACAAAGCCCUGAAGCAAAAGUCAGACAUCGAGCACUACCGGAACAAGCUGCGCCUCAAAGCGAAGAGGAAGGGAUAUUACGACUUCCCCCCGGUGGAGACAAGCAAGGCUCAGACCGAAAGAAAAAAGAUGUACGAGAAAACCCAAAAGGAAAUCGAGCACGUUUUGGAUCCAGAUCCAGAACUGUGUGCCCCCUUCGCUGAGUCUAAAAACAGGCAACAGAUGAAGAACUCUGUCUACCGAAGCCGGCAGUCUCUCAACAGCCCGAGUCCGGGGGAAACAGAGAUGGACCUUCUGGUAACCCGAGAGCGACCCCGGCGUGGAAUCCGUAACAGCGGAUAUGACACGGAGCCUGAGAUCAUAGAGGAAACCAACAUUGACAGAGUUAACGAGCCCCGGGGCUACGCCAGGUCGAGGCAGGUGAAAGGCCACUCAGAGACCUCCACGCUGAGCUCCCAGCCCUCCAUCGAUGAGGUCAGGCAGCAGAUGCACAUGCUGCUGGAGGAGGCCUUCAGCCUGGCGUCCGCGGGCCACGCAGGCCAGAGCCGGCACCAGGAAGCCUACGGCUCAGCACAGCACCUGCCCUACUCGGAGGUGGUGACCAGCGCUCCGGGGACCAUGACGCGGCCCAGGGCAGGGGUGCAGUGGGUGCCCACCUAUCGCCCAGAAAUGUACCAGUACAGUCUGCCUCGGCCGGCAUAUAGGUUUUCCCAGCUUCCUGAAAUGGUCAUGGGCUCUCCCCCUCCACCUGUACCUCCCCGGACAGGCCCUGUGGCUGUUGCUUCUCUCAGGCGGUCCACCUCCGACGUGGGCAGCAAGACCAGGAUGGCCGAGUCCGCGGGCCCCGAGCCGGCCCAGCUGCACGACAGCGCCUCCUUCGCGCAGGUGUCCAGAGGCCCGGUGUCUGUGGCGCAGUUGGAUCAGUCGGCUUUAAAUUACUCAGGUAAUACGGUGCCGGCAGUGUUCGCCAUCCCAGCUGCCAACAGACCCGGAUUUACCGGCUACUUCAUCCCGACGCCUCCCUCAUCCUACAGGAGCCAGGCCUGGAUGUCCUAUGCAGGAGAGAAUGAGCUCCCGAGCCAGUGGGCCGAUUCGGUGGCUAACGUGAGCCAUUUUAGAGGAGACGGUGUGGUCAGGCGGGAUGUCUUUUGACAGAGGAACAUGAGACCUGCCUUCCAGUCCAGGUUCCACCUUGACCUUCAUCAAAUAAACGGCUAUUAAAAAACAAACAAAUAAAUGGCUAUUAUAACUAUCAUACUUUAUUUUCUGUGUGC